CCUAGUUGUUUAUUUAUAAUCCUGUUUCCUCGUACAACCCAUUACACUGAACCCACCCAAUAUGACUCUAGCAACCGCAUCCUUCAACACUGAAUUCGCAGUCGACAUGACAUGUCAAAGCUGCGUUAAUGCAGUAUCUGGUGCUCUAAGGGAUGUCCCAGGAAUUGAGAGAUAUGACAUUGAUCUGGAAAAUAAACGAGUUACAAUCUCCGGGAAGACACCCCCUUCACAUCUGAUUACGGCUCUUAAGUCCACUAAUCGCCAAGUAAUCGUUCGAGGCACUUCCUCGUCUGCCAAUGCCAACUUCCCUAUUCAAGCAGCCGUUGCCAUCUUGGAGUCUCCUCUUCCUCUUCCCGCAUCUUUAGCGUCUACAUCGAACCCUGUUCUAGCCGGUCUUCCCGAAGGCUCACUCAAACCUCUUCCGGGCAUGAAUGAAGAAGAAUACUCCCAGAAGGUCUUCGGGAUCUGCCGAUUUGUUCAAAUUGCUCCGAAGACGGUACUUAUGGAUUUGACUGUCCGUCUCCCUCCUCCAUCCCGGGUCGGGUUGGGUACAGCACAGGGUGCCCAAGAUACAAGCUACAGCGUAUACAUCGCGUCGACUGGCAAUCUUGUCAACCCUCCUGUCACCACUGGCAAGCCAUAUAUAUCUUUAGGCUCCAUUACCCCCGACAAGGACGGUUAUGGCGAUAUGUUCAAAGAGGUUGAUGGCGAAUUAUGGGAGUGGAUUGGUCGAGGAUGCGUGGUGCAAGCCGCUAAUGAAACGGCCCCCGCGGUUACACAGCUUGUGGCAAAGGAGGCUGCUCCGGGCUCCGAGCAGAAUGAAGCGACAAUAGGGAGACUAUUUGCUGGUGUUGUCGCACGAAGUGCAGGAGCAUGGGGUAACGACAAGACAGUCUGCGCCUGUAGCGGGAAGACCAUGUGGGAAGAAGGACGAGAGAUGGAGAGCAAGAGGUUUUAAAUCUGGACCAAUGCGUUAAUCCCGUUAUACAAUAUUGAAGCCGCUAUAUGAAUCCAUACGUACAAUAUUCUCCUUCCCGUC